GUACAUACAUUUUAAAGUAUCAGUUGGAACAGGUCAGCAAUUCAUUGGUUACUGAUUUAUACAAGGACAUGACUUUGUAAAUUGCGGACUGCGUCACGGAGUGUUAAUAGAAUUUUUCUACAUCUUUUGGGAUAAUAGAAAUCCCAGCUUUAAAAUAUACAGUGGAUUUCCAGGUGCUCGGUGCCUCUGAUUAAAGCUGAAGAAGGGUGUAGAUCCUAUCAAAUUCUCCAAAAAGGCUCAAAGAUGUCUCUGUCAAGUGCUCUCGUAAUAGUUUGGCUGAUUUACGGAUCCGUCACUGUGAGUGAGUCCGCUGGGAUCGUCCAUUCAGCCUGUAACUACCGAAAAAUCUGUGAUACUAUAGAGUAUGACAUCCGCGAGGCUAUCUGCUGUGAUAGGCACAUUCAUUCAGGGGCAGGGCUGUCAUGUUGUGGAGGAGAGGCUUUCAACCCUGCUGUAGCAACCUGCUGUAAAGUAAAACAUGGGAACAAAUAUCAAGUUGAAAUUACACAUGGUCUAAGUGAAAUGGUGUCUGCUUGCUGUGGAUUGAAAGCUUACAACCCACUCAAUGAAAUGUGCUGCAACUCAACCAUCGUAGUCAAACCUGUGGCAAAGGCCCAAUGUUGUGGUAAUGAUGCUAUUGAUGUGGACAGUUACCUCUGUUGUGGUCGUAAUGAGGAGAUCCUGAGAAAGACAUCCAAUUCCUCCCUGUGCUGCGGUGAUGUUCAAUAUGACAGUGAGACUCAGUGCUGCUGUAAUGGUGAACAUCUUGAGAUACAAAACAAGACUCAAUCCAACUGCUGUAAGCAGUGUGAGUGCGUGCACCGUAUAUCAUCAGCUGUGGGUGGAAAUAUGCAGACACAGAAACCCACACCUCAGCCCAUCUGCAAUGGGAAAAACAUAAGUCUCUGUGGGUCAUCAUGUUACAACCACAGUAAAUUUCAAUGCUGUGAGAGAAAAGAGACAACGCCUAAUUGGUGCUGCAACCCAGGUCUAUGUGAUGCUUCCCCCACAGUGUAUGACCCAUCUACACAAGUCUGCUGUGAUGGAUGUGUGUCUACAAAGCCUUGGAUGCAUAAAUGCUGUGGACUGACAGCUUAUGGUUUGGCACAACGUAGAGUUCUCUGUUGUCAUAACACCAUGUACCUGGACAAAGAAGAUGGAGAGGAAUACUCAGAGAUCAGUAUUCCUUAUGACCCAGCUAAAGGGACUGUAUGUUCUUCUCAGUUUCAUGCCUUACCUGAUCAACACUGCUGUGGAAGAGAAAUCUACCGGCCUGAGACAAAUGAGAUCUGCUGUGAUGGACACAGACAUCCUAAAGGAAAAAACAGUCAUUGCUGUGGGAUUCAAGUUUACAACAUUAAAGACCCGAGGAUGAAGUGUUGCGCUGGGACACUAUAUAACCUCACUUCCUUAGACAAGUAUGGGCAUGACGCACAGUGCUGUGGAUCCAUUCUGCAAGAGGACCAGAAGGUCUGCUGUUCAGGUGAUAACAAAGAGGUGCUCUACUCUCCCAAGAAUAACUUUGGUUGCUGUGGUCACCGCUAUGUCAACACCUCUCUGUGGUCGUGCUUUGCUGGGAAGCUAAAGCCAGCGAAGCAAGCAGGCUCACACCAGAGUAAGAUGAUUAGAGGAUCACUGAGCAGUGUGAAUGAAACACAGCUUUGCAAAGAAAUCAGAGUCGGGAUUGUUCAGAGUAUGUCUCAGCACAGCAUCGUGUUCAACUAUGGAGUGAUUAUCUAUGGAAAAAAUGGCACCAUGAAACCUUUGCCCUCUCCUUACAUCCUGAAAACUGGUGGCCGCAACUCCCCUGAACCGAUCCCUGGCAAACCCUACUUCUUUGAUGAAUCUGAUGUCUACACUGAUUUCAACCAUGACUCUGUUUUUAAGUCUCUCCAUUUCAUCAUUUCCAAAUGUUAACCUCCUUUGGUCACCACUUUUCAAUCUACUCCUGGACAACUUACAUUACUUUACUAAUAAUUCAUCUACAGCGGUUUAUAGUUACAUGACUUGUCUCAUUACGUCCUGUUACAGCCCAUCAUCCUGAAAAGUGCCUUCAAACAACUCCAUAACACAUACAACUCCUGUGAUGUGACCAUGUGGUUUAUCAUGCAGCCAAUGUCACUAACUAAACAACCAACAGCUGGCUUAACCCAGGGCAGGGCCAGUGUAACCUAGUUGAGAAAAAAAAGCUAUUGGCACCUCUAGCCCCUGUACUCUGUACUGUAUAUGUAAUCCUUCCACGCUGUAUGUAACAUGGUCAGAUUACAACCCUUUGACCAUUUCUGCAACUUUCUGUGCAACACUAUGAACGUAUUUCUGGAGAGACUGAAAAUAUAUACCAUUAUCCCUGUUUUUAAAUGGUAUUCACAACUUUGAACUCUGCCUUCCAUUGUGGCUGUUUGAAACAACUUUUGAUUUCCCAUGUGGUUGGACAGCACUUCUUAAGAACUGCUUCUGAGAGACCAUAAAGCUGUCCUUAAUAAAAACCAAGUCAAAAACCAGUCAGUUCAGUGGCAGACAUCAUAUAAGCCAUGUCUCCAAAAUGAGGAGAGGAGCAUUACUGUGAUUGUUACUACUGCGUUUCACAGUGCAAUCACUCAAAAAUAGUAUUUGGUGCUGUAACACUGCCUAACAGUGCAUCCUGUAUUAAUCUGUACACUGUGAUGUGUAGUACUAAACUGUGCCCUCUGCAAAAUAAGUUAGAGUGGAUAGUAGCUCUACUAACCCUCUUCUUUUUAGAAUUGUAAUGAUUUUCAAGUAAGCUAAAUAGUGAUGAGAAUAUGUUUAAUUUUUUUUUAAAUAUUAUGCUAUUUGGAUUCUUGCACUGAACUAGAUAUUAAAUGGCAACUGUUUGCACAUGUCUUUCACUCAUUUACUUGUAUGUUUACAUGUAAAUGACAUGAUUUAUCAAGGGAUGAUUGAUAAAGCUAGUAAUUAAGUAUUAAGUAGUUCACCAAGAAUAUCAGGGAUACAAAUAUGCUAAAUACCUGAAACCCCAAUCCCCCCCAAUGUUUAACUGUGGUUCCUCUAAUAUAUGUUUCUCCACAGAUAUCUAUUUUUGUUCUGCACAGUUACAUUCAAGCUGCAGUCAUUUUUCAUAUGAAUGUGAUUACUCUACUCUCUGUACUGUAAGCUAAAAAUAUGUUUUCAGUAUAUUAAAAGUAUUUUUCUAUAGAAGCAGUAAAAAGCUACAACUGCAUGUUAAAGUAUGUUUCAUAUUAUAACUUGUAUACAAAUCUUAUAUUGCAUGUUUAUUUUUAAAAUAUGUAACAGACCUAUCCACUGUGGGUGUCUUUUUUUUUUUUAACAAUGUUAUCAGUCAAUAAAAAAACAGUUAUAGUCAAA